UGUGCGUGUAGUCGGCUUCCUGCUGCUGCUGCUCCGGGUCCACACACCGUCCGUCUCGUCAGUGUUGAUCGGCUCGCCAUGGCGGAAGGACGCAGAGAACAUCCCCAUCCUCUCCUCUCCUUACCUCCGGCCAGCAAGCGACCCUGCCUGCGCCCUGCUCCCCGAGGUCCCGGACCGGGGCCCGGACACACCAGCGGCUUGCCCAGCUCCCGGUACCGUUCUCCGGAGUCUCUCCUGGACUGCGCCGCGAAAGCAGUCGCGGAAAAGUGGGCCUUCGAGAGAGUGGAGGAGCGCUUCGAGCGGAUCCCGGAGCCCGUCCAGCGCCGCAUCGUGUACUGGUCUUUUCCGCGUAACGAGAAGGAAAUAUGCAUGUACUCUUCGUUUCAGUGCCGAGUCGCCGGCGAGGAGGGUCCGUCGGCGGCUACCGGCGGCGGGGCAGGGGGUGCGGGGUCCGGAGCUACAACCGCCGGCGGUGGUGGCGGAGGAUCUACCGCCGGUACGACUGCUGCUGCCGUGGGGGCAGCUGGAGCUGUGGGGACCGGGGACGGACUGCCUUUCCGCCGGGGUAUCAGGCUGCUUGAGACCGGCUGUGUGGAAAACGUAUUACAAGUCGGGUUUCACCUCAGCGGCACAGUAACUGAACCCGCCACGCCGUCGGAGCCCGAGGUCACUCACAAGGUGGCCAUCAGCUUCGACCGAUGCAAGAUCACCUCCGUCACGUGCGGUUGUGGGAACAGAGACAUUUUCUACUGCGCCCAUGUGGUGGCGCUCUCUCUUUACCGGAUUCGCAAACCAGAACAGGUGAAGCUGCGGUUGCCAAUCUCAGAGACGUUGUUCCAGAUGAACAGAGACCAGCUGCAGAAGCUGGUUCAGUAUCUGAUCACAGCCCAUCACACCGAGGUGCUCCCCACUGCUCAGAAACUGGCCGACGAGAUCCUGUCCUCCAACUCUGAAAUCAACCAGGUCCAUGGUGCUCCGGACCCGACAGCAGGCGCCAGCAUUGACGAUGACAACUGCUGGCAUCUGGACGAGGAUCAAGUGAGGGAGCAGGUCAAACAGUUUCUGUCGCAGGGAGGAUACUACGGCUCGGGGAAGCAGCUCAACUCCAUGUUCGCUAAGGUGAGGGAGAUGCUGCGAAUGCGAGACUCCAACGGCGCCCGAAUGCUGACACUCAUAACGGAACAGUUUAUGGCAGACCCCCGCCUGUCGCUAUGGAGACAGCAGGGCACGGGCAUGACCGACAAGUGCCGGCAGCUCUGGGACGAGCUUGGUGCAUUGUGGGUAUGCGUAGUCUUAAACCCUCACUGUAAAAGCGAGGAGAAGACCAGCUGGCUGAAGCAGCUAAAGAAAUGGGGCGACAUGGACGUAUGCCCGCUGGAGGACGGCAACUACGGCAGUGAGCUUCCCAACAUCACAAACGCUCUGCCACAGAGCAACCUGGCUCAGGACUCUCUGUCCAGGCCGAGGAGGACGGUGUUUAGCCGAGCAGUCGAGGCCUGCGACCUCCACUGGCAGGACAGCCACCUGCAGAGGAUCAUCAGCAGUGACCACUACAUGUCUCCGUCCUAUCAGAGGGAGGGGGAGAGCCUGCUGUUCAACCCACAGGGGCUGCCACUCUGGCUAGACCACGUCCCAACGGCCUGCGCUCGUGUGGACGCCCUGCGUUCUCAUGGUUACUCAAGGGAAGCCCUGCGAUUGGCUGUGGCCAUCAUCAAUACACUCCGCCUCCAGCAGCAGAGACAGAUGGACAUCUACAAACACCAAAAGAAAGAGCUUCUCCAGAGAGGCGUGACCUCCACCACCAACCUGGAGGGCUGGGUGGGUCAUCCUUUAGACCCGAUUGGCUGCCUGUUCAUCACACUAACAGAAACCUGCCGUGUGGACGACGAUAACUCCAUGGACACUGGAGAUGGAGACCCCAGGCCUCCCAUCUACCAUCAUGUACCUGUGUGGGGCAGUCCUGACGGGGCGGAGUCCUACCUGACACUGGCCUUAGAGGUGGCUCUGAUGGGAAUGGGCCAGCAGAGGAUCAUGCCGGAGGGUCUCUACGCUCAGGAUAAGGUGUGUCGUAAUGAGGAGCAGAUUGUCGUGAAACUUCAAGAACUGGAGCUGGAUGACCCUCUGGUCCAGACUCUUCGGAAACAGGCCAUACAGCUGCUCGAAGCUGGUCCGUUCAGCGGACUGGGUGAGGUCAUCCAUAGGGAGAGCGUUCCCAUGCACACCUUCGCCAAGUACCUCUUCUCUGCUCUGCUGCCUCAUGAUGCAGACCUGGCGUACAAGGUGGCUCUUCGUGCAAUGAGACUGCCGGUGCUGGAGUCGUCAGCAGGCUCCGGGGACAUGGGCCACCCUCAUCAUGGUAUCUCCAUAGUCCCCAGCAGAUACCCGCGCUGGUUCACACUAGGACAUCUGGAGUCUCAGCAGUGUGAGCUGGCCUCGACCAUGCUCACUGCUGCAAAAGGUGACAUGUUGAGGUUGCGGACAGUAUUGGAGGCGAUCCAGAAAAACAUCCACUCUUCUUCUUUAAUCUUCAAACUCGCCCAAGACGCCUUCAAGAUCGCCACACCGGCAGACAACCCACCUGAUAUCACUCUGCUCAACGUGGCUCUGGAGCUCGGCCUACAGGUGAUGAGGAUGACUCUGUCCACACUGAACUGGAGGAGGAGGGAGAUGGUUCGCUGGUUGGUGACCUGUGCGACUGAAGUCGGUCUUCGGGCGUUGGUGAGCAUCUUGCAGAGUUGGUACACCCUCUUCACACCCACUGAGGCCACCAGCAUCGUGGCAGCCACCGUCAUGUCCCACAACACCAUCCUGCGCCUCAGCCUGGACUACCCGCAGCGGGAGGAGCUUGCCAGCUGUGCUCGGACCCUGGCCCUGCAGUGCGCCAUGAAGGACCCUCAGAACUGCGCUCUGUCAGCCCUGACACUCUGCGAGAAGGACCACAUCGCCUUCGAGACGGCCUACCAGAUCGUGAUCGAUGCAGCAUCCACUGGUAUGACCUACUCCCAGCUGUUCACCAUCGCCAGGUACAUGGAGCACAGAGGAUACCCGCUGCGCUCCUUCAAGCUGGCCUCCCUCGCCAUGACACAUCUUAACCUGGCGUACAACCAGGACACUCACCCAGCCAUUAACGACGUGCUCUGGGCCUGCGCGCUCAGCCACUCGCUUGGAAAGAAUGAGCUCGCAGCCAUUAUCCCUCUAGUGGUGAAAAGCGUGCACUGCGCCACGGUGCUGUCUGACAUCCUCCGCCGCUGCACCAUGACAGCGCCGGGUCUCGCAGGCAUUCCUGGGAGAAGGAACUCUGGGAAGCUGAUGUCAACAGACAAGGCGCCACUGCGGCAGCUCCUGGACGCCACAAUUUCAGCCUACAUCAACACCACGCACUCCCGACUGACGCACAUCAGUCCGAGGCACUACGGAGAGUUCAUUGAGUUCCUGAGCAAAGCACGGGAGACUUUCCUGCUGGCACAGGACGGACACAUUCAGUUCGCCCAGUUCAUAGACAACCUGAAACAGAUCUACAAGGGCAAAAAGAAACUGAUGAUGUUAGUCAGGGAGCGCUUCGGCUGACCUAACCCCGCCCUCAAAAAGGACCCUCUUCUUGGGAAGUAGUUAAACUUAUUUGUUUCUAUUUAAGGUUUUUUGCAUUCUUUGUAUUUUUACUUCUUUCGUUGAGCCAUUUGUUGACUAAGUCUUAAAUUUUUUGUCCUGUUUUGUUGUUUGUUUCUUGAAUGUGAACCAGGAAGUGUUCGCAGUGCAUUGCUCUACUUUAUUGAGACAGCAAAAAGAGGGAAGCCGGCUUUAAAUGUCAAAGAAAAAGGAAGAACGAAGCUUUUACCCCUUUCUAACUCAUGUUAAACUUUUAAUGUAAAAGUCGAAAAGAUUGUGAUGAAAACAAACAAAAAGGAACUUUUGUUUCGUGGUGGCACAUGACGAUUGAAAAACCAAAAGCUUUUGUUGGACUUUGAGCCAGAAGACACUUUCAGCUGGUGUUAGGAAGAAGAAGAAAAAGAAGAAGUUUUAAAGUGAACACAUCAUUCCAAAAAGAAAGGAAAACCCACUGAGGUCAAAAACACACAAAGUGUUACUUUCAUACCUCGACUGUAUUAUUUGUCAGCUUUAACUUCUCUAACAGAAAUGGGCUCAUGUUUCCUUCAGGGCAUCUUAGAGUAGAGAGGGGUGAAUACAGAAACACACACAUGUGGUUUCUCUUUACCAACAGGUGUACAAACUUGACUAAAGCCACAGUAGACUAGCUCAAACCCUCCACACCUGCUGGUCAGAGCUUUUCUUUCACAGACGAAGAAUCACGUCGCCUGAGAGUACAUCUUUCAGGAUGUUAUAGCAAAGGUAGACUAGUUGAGGCUCCACGUGCACAUACAUUUACACAGUAUAUCUCCUUUGUACUCCUUGAGGCUUAUCAACAGUGACAUUACACAACUGUGAUGAAAGGUGUGGUCACAGUAUUCCCAUCUCCAGACACCACCAACUGUAACGCUGCCUGUGGCCAAAACCUUUGAAAUCUCUGGUCCUCUUUCCCUCACUAGAUCAAGAUUCAGUCAAAAGCAAUAUAAGUCAUGUCUGAGCUUCACUUUUAUCACCUCGCGGCAUUAAUUUCACCCUCUUGCAUUCAGCGAGGAAGCUUUGGAUCAUAAUGGUUGAUUUCAUUGACUGUUGGCUGUUAACUCUGCCUGAAGCUGAAGCUCCUUUUCCAUCCCAAGAACAUGAGCAGGAACUAAGAACUUUAGUGAUAGUUUCUCUGAACUUCAAAUGAAGCAAGGUGGUUUAUUUUUCACCGUCGCUGUGUGGUGACCUGUGCUCUAGUUCAGUGGUUCCCAAAGUGGGUGUCGGGACCCCUUGGGCGGUCACAAGAUGCCUUCCAAAAAUCUAUAAAAACUUAGAAUGAUCUAAAAUUGCAUCUUUUAUCCUUUUCUUAUAAAAACAUACAAAAUGUGUAGCCUAAGGAAAUUAUCCUGCUAUAGCCUUCUUUAAAUUGCAAAGAUAUCUGUAGGUUUUGGGAUUGGCCUACUAGUUUUGUGAGCAACAUUCAACCACAUCAGGACAGUGGGGGUCUCCAGUCUCUGGCAUUCUUAUUUGGGGGUCACAGAUUGAACCGUUUGGGAACCCCUGCUCUAGUUAUUGCUCAUUGGUCAAGCUACCACUAUUAUUAUUCUGUACGGACUUAAUCAUCAAGACAAUAAACUGAACAUCCUUAAUGAUAAGGAUAAAAUCUCUGCCUUUGUCCAACAUUUUAGUUUACCAAAAUGUAUUUCUCCAACUAUAUUAGCUUCAUUUGGCUAACUAUAUAAAUUUACUGUGAAGUGAGUCACAGUGUCAGUCAUGAUUUGCACAGCAAAGCUAGCAUUUUUCAGCCAAAAGCUAAACAUUUGGCUGAGCAACAAUAACUGACACAGUUAGCAGCUAGCAGAUGAAGAAAGUUCAUGAUUCUGAAAUUCAGUGAAAUAUUUCCAUAAUACUUUAUUUCAAUUUUUUUACUUAGAGCUAACAUUGCUACAUUUCUGCUAGAUGUGUAAAUUAGCAUACUAUGGCAACCUGGUGGGCCCAGUAAACUCUGCAACACCUCUUAGCAUUAUGUUGCUAAGUAUUUAGAAAAAAAUCUUCCCCUUAAAAGUCUCAAGUUGAGUCUCACACUGCUUUGUAUUUCGGCUUCAAACCACAAAACUUAGCUACGUUUGGUGAAAGUGUUAGCUGCCAAUCACCAAACAACAGACGAACAAAGUUAGCAGCUAGCUAGUGAACAUACCAGACAAUUUGGCGGGAAAAUAAAAGUCUUUAAAAUGUCGUCUGAAGUAAGUACUGGAUUAAAUUUGUGAGGUGGCAGAAAAAAUUAACUCCAUCAUGUUUCUCCAUCUGUGCCAGAUGAACAUGUUAGCAACUGUUCAGUAACAUGUUAGCAAUAGCCGGUUUUAUACUGAUAAGAUUUUACUCUAGCUGUGUUAGCUUGCUCCACUGUCCGAAGGUGACCAAAGUAAAAUAGAUGCCUGGUAGUUCAGUGACAUAAAAAAUGAAAAGGCAGAUAUUUAAAAGUUCUAAACACGCUCAUUGUUCUUGUGAUGGAAAAGGGAUGCACCUCACCUGUGGAUGCUUGUGAUCACCCUGUUUGGACAAGGGGCCUUGUCUUUGCAGACCCACAUGGCAGAAACACAAAGUACUGUAUGUUUUAUGACUUAAUCCUACAUUUUUGAGACCACAUGCCUUGGCACGCAAAGUUCUUUCUUCUUUCUGAGGGUCGUCGGUGUCCCCUCUUCUUACCCAGUAAAGAAGUGUUGUUGUUAAACGGCAGUAUACAGAGCAGCAGGAGCUUCAAUCUUUACUGGUCGGACUACACGUCAUCGUAUAAGCACUUCACACAAAUACCUCUUCAGUACGUUCCUGCCUGCUUCAGCAUUUAUUUAUUGAUUGUUGAGUAAACUGUAUGACUGAGUAAGGGAUCGCAGACACAGAAACAACACAGUAAACGAGUCAGCCUGCCGAUGACCGGAGAAUUAAACAGAAAUGGUUUUUUUUGUUUUGUUUAUUAUUUGAAUGGAGGAACAUUUUCUUGUCUGCUUUUACAUUCCACGAGAGCUACCUUCACCCACUAUCUGGGUAGUCAGCCACAACUCUGGGCCUUUUUUUUUGAUCUGAAGAAUCGCAGACGGAAGAAUGGAUGGAAAAAAAGGAUAACUGAGCAAAAGAAAGAAAAGAGAGGCUAAACUCAGUUCUCAGGGACAUCACUUAAAGAAACAAAACAAAAAGUAGUAGCAUUAAGCAUUUAAGAUAUUGUAAAUAUUAAAGUGUCAAUUCAGAAAAUUGUAAAGUUAUAAUUAUUUAUGAUAAGUAUGUUCUGUGAUUUUCUUUAUUUUUACGUUCUUUUGUUUGUUUUUGGUGGGGGUGUACUUGAACUGUUUUGGGGCGGGGGAAUUUGACAGCGUUUUUGUAAGACUUCAAGGCAUUUCUCAGGUGCUCCUGUGUACAUUUCUUUCUGUUUGUUUUUGCUAUAAUAUCUAUUUUUGUUUAGUUUUUUAUAUAUAUUUUGAUUUGCAAAGAAAAAAAAAUCUGUGUUCCUAAAGGAAGCAUGUCGUUCGGGAGAAAGGAGGGCGAGGAAGGCAUUCAUUGAUAAAACAGAUUCGUACUAAACCUUGACUAUGCAGAACCGCUCUGAUGGUCUUGUCACCUCUUAAAAUUUGCCCCCAAAAAAGCUUUCAGAAAAAGAAACAGAGUGGACUGAACCAUUGUUAAAAGAUGGGAGGGGGGGGGGGUAAAAGACAAGACCCAGCAUGCUUGUGUGUGGAUGUUGCGCAGUGGCCGGCAUACGCUGCAACAUUUAGAGGAGAAAAAAAGAAAAUGUUGGGAAAUGCCUUUGUGACCGAUCAAUGUACAAAGUUUAUUUUUGCUUUACGUCCUUAUUGUUUUUGAUUUAAUCAGGACUCAAGCCUUUAGUGUCUUCUCAGAGGUGUCGAGUGGCGGCACUGCAGUGAGACAGAACAAAACACAAAUGUCAGAGUCAGACAGAGACGGCCUGUGGAUGACCUCGUGUUAAUUUUUAUUUUUUCUUUCUAUCAACUCUCCUCAGCCCAAAAACUGGCUGACUCCACCUCCUCUGUCUCAUGGUUGUUUCCUUCUCUUAUCUUCUGUUCUUCAUCCCCUCCUCUCAUGUAGGGAGGCUUUUGGUUUGAAGCAAUGCACCAAUGUGUCAGUGAGCAGCUUUCUUCUGUUGUUACUUCUUAAAAACCACUCAUUCCAGUGCGGCAGCCUUUGCUCUGCAUAAACUUUCAAACAAAAAAAAAUCAGAUUUUCUUCUUUCAUUACUGAAAAUUGAGAAUUCAAAAAGUCUUAUUACAUUUGUUUGCUACUGAGUUAGCAUGUUGAGGCUGUUUUUUCCUGAUUCAUCCAUGACAGAGGGACAUCAUUUACUAUGUUUUAAACUUGAAAAGCUGCCUUUGUGUGAUGCAUUCACUGACAGCAUUAUAACAAAGAAGUUCAAACUCUGUUUUUCAGCCAGUUCCUGAGGUUGUCUUUUCUUUCUUUUCUUCUCCUUCGUUCUUUUGUAGGAGCGUACUAUUUGCUGGUAGAGAUCUAGUUCACCUACUGUUUCCCAGUUUGUUUUGUUUUUUGGAUUCUCUCUAAUGUAAGGGAAAUUUGAAAGUGUUUGUUGCCUCUUUGUGCUACUGAUUAUGAAAAGGUAUUUCCAGUAUUUGUUGCCACAGAAGUAUGAUAGCUUAUCAUCAACACUUGUUUUUGUUUUUGUUUUUAUUUGUAAUUUUUUGUGCAACUUCUUGAGCUACUGUCUAUAAAGCGAGAAUUUAUUACUAUUUAUGUAACGCUACUACCAUUUUAUAUUGAUUUGUGUUGGAAUCUCAGUGCUUUUCUAUGAAUAAAGUGUGAAACACGUUA